CCCUGAUUGUGUGCAGGUAACAUGUCAUCCCUCAGAGAAGAGCCCGAGUUGGAUUUUGACAUGCUUUUCGAGUUUAACAGCGGCGAUGAUCGCAGCAACAGUUACUGUCGAGAAUCCUACAGUUUUUCAUCUUCAAAUGACAUCAGUAGUCCAUAUCUCUGUGUGGGCAGUUCAGCUUUUACUGCAUCCUGCCUUGUUCCUCCGUCACCAAAUUCAGUCAUGGCAGUUGUUCCACAAACAAAUCAUCACUUAAGUUACAGUGAUGUGGACAGUGCAAAUUCGGGAUAUUAUCUUACUCCAAAUGUCAGGUCAAAUGGAGCACCUGCCCUAGAAAGUCCUAGUAUAAAGAUUACAUCUUAUAUGGCACUAGAUCAAAGUAGCAACCUGUUUCCCCAUGAAAACGAGAUUGAAGAAACUAUUCCAGCACCUCAGCGAUCAAAUUCAGUUGUUACACUAACCUUACCAAAUGCUGAUACAUACAGAGAUCCAUUGUCCUGCCUUAGUCCAGCAAGUAGUUUGUCUUCCAGAAGCUGCAAUUCUGAAGCUUCGUCUUAUGAAUCUGGCUACUCUUUUAAUUGUGACAACUCUCCACAGACAUCACCAUGGCAGUCUCCAUGUGUAUCUCCUAAAACCACAACAUUAGAUGAUGGCUACUCCCGUGGAAUGGUAACCUGUACAUCGCUGAACUCGCCAAGGCAUUCUCCUUCCACAUCUCCUGGAGCAACUGUUACAGAUGAGUGGCCUGGUGCUCGAACCUCACGUCCGACCUCCCCAUGUGGCAAAAGAAAAUACAGCCUGAAUGGUAGGCAGCCUUGUCAUUCACCUCACCCCUCCCCAACACCAUCACCACAGAAUUCUCGUCGGGUUAGCAUUAGUGAGGACCCUUGGAUGGUAAACACUACAGUGUACACCAGCUCAGCUGCUAUUGUUGCUGCAAUAAAUGCUCUCAGCACUGACCCCUCCAUUGAUCUGAAUGAUGGCAUCCCCCUAAAAUCCAGGAGAACAAUAGAGCAUACUCCAACUAUGACACUAAAGACUGAACCAAUUGGUGAUGAACAUGGGACUAUAUCACCAGCUGCUGACCUGUCACCUGAUGAGUUUCCUGUUAAUCAACUUCAUAAGAAGGGGAAUUUCUUUGAUCAGUACCUUUCUGUACCUCCUGCAUAUUCUUGGGCCAAAGCAAAACAGCUUUCUACAGCUUCGUACCAUAGUCCAUCUUUGCCUGCUCUUGACUGGCAGCUGCCUUCCCAUUCUGGACCCUAUGAACUUCGGAUUGAAGUACAGCCCAAGUCUCACCAUCGAGCUCAUUAUGAGACAGAAGGAAGUCGAGGAGCAGUAAAGGCAUCUGCUGGAGGCCAUCCAAUUGUCCAGUUACAUGGUUACUUAGAAAGUGAGCCACUCACCCUGCAACUGUUCAUUGGGACUGCUGAUGACCGUCUUCUGCGCCCUCAUGCCUUCUAUCAGGUUCAUCGCAUUACAGGGAAGACAGUUUCAACUACCAGUCAUGAAAAUUUAGUUUCUAGUACCAAAAUUCUGGAAAUUCCACUUCUGCCAGAGAAUAACAUGAGAGCAAUCAUUGACUGCGCAGGGAUAUUAAAGCUCCGGAAUUCAGACAUUGAGCUGCGGAAGGGUGAGACUGACAUUGGGAGGAAGAACACAAGAGUGCGACUGGUUUUUCGCGUUCACAUUCCACAGCCCAAUGGAAGAACUGUUUCACUUCAGGUGGCAUCUAACCCUAUUGAAUGUUCCCAGAGAUCUGCACAAGAACUGCCUUUAGUGGAGAAACAAAAUGUUGAUAACUUUCCUGUAACUGGUGGGAAGAUGAUGGUGUUACAUGGUCACAACUUCCAGCAAGAUUCAAAGGUCAUUUUUGUGGAAAAGGCACCUGAUGGUCACCAUGUAUGGGAGAUGGAAGCAAAGACUGACAAGGAAAUGCAGAAGUCUAAUACACUGCUAGUUGAAAUCCCUCCUUUCCGUAAUCAAAGGAUUACUAGUCCUGUACAAGUCAACUUUUAUGUCUGCAAUGGAAAGCGGAAGAGAAGCCAGUACCAGAUGUUCACAUAUCUACCUGCCACUGUUCCUGUUAUAAAAACAGAGCCCACUGAUGACUACGAGACUGCUCAGUCUUGUGUAUCAAUGAGUCAAGGAUUGAGUCCUUUAUCGAAAGGCUAUUUUGGCCAGCAGAUCUUAAUGCCACCAGAUCCUGGUUCCUGUUUUGUGGCUGGCUUCAGCUCCUGCCAGCAAAGAAACACUGUGAUGUCAUCUUCGCCAAACUCCAGCCCCAAGUUGCAUGACCUUUCACAUUCUUCGUACAAGUGCAUCACUAAUACAGGCCACAGCCACUUAGGUCUUCAGCAGUCAACUUCAGCUGUGCCCACAAUACAAGAGGUUCCACGAUCAUUAGUAGUGCAUCCCAGCUCUCCAGACCAACCAUCUCACGUCUUGCUGCAGCCGCAGGUGAGUCAACAUCUGAGCAGUAGCUGUUCCCAUGGUUACCAGCAAACACUCUAUCCCAACAGUCCCCCUCCUUCAGUUCAAUCUGUCACCCAGGAAUCAAGCUUUGUGCAGGCCUACAGUCCAACCAGGAUUGGUUCACACCAGCAACCACAGAAGGUUCACAACACUGAGUCACCAACAGCUCAGCCACUGUCAUUACCAGAGUUGCAUGAAGACAGUAACCUUAAUUCCCUUCCUGUAACAGUGAAGCAGGAGCCACCUGAAGAGUUGGACCAAAUGUAUCUGGAUGAUGUAAAUGAAGUCAUAAGAAAUGAUCUGUCUGAAAUCCAUGGACAUUCCUAACAGUGUAAGCUACAGAACUCUCAAGUGAUUUGUUGGAGAAAACGUACUUAAAAAAGCACAAGUUUUGCCUGCCGAAAUUACUGACCAUUUCUAUCACAUCAUCAAGAACUGUUCUUCCAUAGCAACAAAUUAUGCAAACUUUUCAGCUUCCCAUCAUUAAGCCUGCAAUGUGUACCUUUGCUUUUUGUCCUGCUACAGAAGAAAAAAAUAAUGUUUGAGAUACUAGCAACAAGCCAAACACCUUGUGUCACUUUCAGAGGAAUUCAGUGAAGCUGGAGAAGAAAAAGCACAUUAUGUACAUCCCUUGACUUUUCAAUGUGGCACUGAUGGAAUAUAUUUAUGGAAGUGCCUUAUACCACCCAGCUCAGAAUCCCAAGCCUUUAGGCAGGAUUUCUGAUACCUGUUAAAGACAGCUGUGUAUAAGGACUGCAGAACUGCAGACUUGUUAAUGUUUACGGUGUGAAGUUUUUUAUGAGUAAAACUUAAUUGGGUCAAAACUCAAACUGGAAAAUGUCACUUAACUAACUUCUGUACUGCUUACUCUUAAGAAGCCCUUAAGUAAAUAUCUGCUAUUAUAUCAUGGCUGAACCUGUUCUAUAAAAGGGGUUUUGCCUGAGCUUAGUAGAUGUAAAGUUGUUUAAUUUUAAUGACAUUUAUUAUCAGCCAAAGCCCCUUGGAGUCUGUUUUACUUUUGGCCGUGUAACAAGCUGCAAGUCAAGUCACGGAAGAACAAGUUUGCCUAACUGACAUUUAGAAUACUGAAUAUACAUUUGACAAUCACAUGUCCCUUAUUUCUUGAAACAGCUAUAUUUAGCAAUAAAAUGUGUGGGUGGUAGUGCAUUUUUGGUAAGAAAAAAACACCUUUGAUCUAUACCUCUUUUGCAUUAGUCAUAUGCAAGAUAUGUGUACAUUUCUCUGCCUUAUUCAAAUUAGCAAGCACUUUAAAUAGCCAAGGCAAGAUGCUUAAAUAAGGUGUAUUAAAACUGGAAAAUGUCAAUUGACAAUGUACACCACUGAAAGGGACUGUAAAAAAAAAGACUGUUUCUUUUAAAGCCUUAUUCAUCUGUGCAGAUGUAGAGGCAGUUACCAAAAACAAUUUCAAUAUGCAGCAGUAUACACUAAACAGUAGAAAUGUAUAGAGCAUGUCACGUUAGUAUAGCCUAGUUUGUUCGCCUACUAUACCAGUAGCAACUUAUAUAAUAGUGAACUGUUCGACUUAUUACAUUGUAUAGCUAGAUAGCAUGGUUUGAUUCUGAACUUAAUAUUGUGCCUUAGCAAGUAAUGCCCUCUUCUGGACAUAGUGCUAAACUAGACAAGCUCGCAUAAUGGAACCAGAUAGGCACUUCAACAAAAUACAGUUAAUCGAAAAACAGGUACACUUUUGUCCAGUUUUCAUUCAUUUUGAUACAGAGGGGCUGUACUCUUGCAUCUCCAGUAACUAAAAUAAACACCAAGAAGAAUGAAAGCUGAAGAGAGUGGUACUGAACAUUUGGUGAGCUGUAUUUUCAGGAAAUUGCCCUUCAUCCUGGUGAUUGACGCUUCUUGACCAAGAGGUACAAGAUGACCCUAACUUUAAUGAAAGAUUAAAUAUUUAUAAGUCUUUUAAAGCUCUGUACAAUUAUGUCUUACUUUUAAAGCCAUAUUUAUAAUAUUUGCACAUUACUGUGAAAACUUUAGUAUACAGCUGCGUGUACAUAGUGUUAUGUAUGAGGUUUUUUCAGCAAUAUCAUAGUUUUUUCUGUGUAAUUAGCAUUUACUUGCUGUAGUCAGGUAGUAUAGAAAUUGCAUGAAACAAUUCUUCAUCUAUGUAUUUAUAAAUUAAAAUAAGAUCGUAUUGUACACUAACACCUGUAACAUUGAAACUGAAUGUAGGCUGUAGACACAGCCUUUCCUUUUAAAAAGAGAGGAAAAAAGCACACCUAACUGCAGCAGUAGUUGUAUGAAUAAAUUAUUAGCUGCACUUUGGUUCUUGUUCAGACUGCUUAAAUACCCCCUGUGGUUAUGAUGUUUUCUGUUCAGGGCAAAGGCCAUCCCAUAUCAAUACAAAAAUGUUUACAGAAUAUUGCAGCCAAGCAGACUAAGAGUAUAGUAAUAUAAGCUGUGGGCUUGGGCAAGAGAAUCACUCCAUUGUUUCUAGUAGACCUCUUUAGAGAAUUUAAAUUCAUAAAACAUCAUGUGCUACACUGAAGUAUGUACUUCUAAAAUAUGGGUGUGACUGAUUCAGAAGUCUGACUAUACCAACAUUUACAUUCACUUCUAUGAUGACUUCUGUCAUAUGUCAACUUAUGUAUCAACACACAUAUUCACUGUCAUACAAAAAGCACACAGGAAUGUGUGUAUCUAUAUACAUAUAUGUAUAUAUAUAUAUACAUAUAUA